CUUUUCUUUCUCCCCCUUCUUUUAGUGGCUGCAGCUUUGAGUCUGCAAGCAACUUCUCUUUUUUCUAAAAACCAAUUAGACCUAUUUUUAGCAGCGUGGUCUUUUUUUGUCAUUGUUAUUAUUAUUUCACGUGGGACGUUGAGUUUAUUCCUUUUUUUUAUUGACAAUUUAUUUUUAUCUUCAGCUGUGUUUUCUGCUCUCAGGUCCUGGAUUUGUCAUUCUUGCGCUUUGCAGAACGAAUCCGCUGGACCGGUGCCCUCCUAUUGAGACGCCAGGAGCAUAGGCACAAGCCCGGCUGCGUCAGAGCGCGCACCAUCACCACCCGGAGCUCCAGCUUCUCAUCAGCAAAACAAACAUAUCAAAAAGGCAAAAAAAGGGUUCCUCUUUAAAUCCCGUGAUUUGCUCCUCGAGGGUCGUGUGUGUGUGGAAGUUGCAUGUGCAGGCGGGAGUGAUAAGCCUCGGCCGGGACAGCAGGAAUGGGACACCCGGGCAGCAGCGCGCGGAGAGGAUGGAGAGGAGGAUGGACGCUCCUGGUGUGGGUGGCCGCGGUCAGCCUGGUGCUGGCGGACGGACGGAGAGUGAGGCAGCCCAGAUGUCCCGCCGGAUGCAUCUGCACCAAAGACAAUGCCCUGUGUGAGAAUGUCCGCUCCGUGCCUCACACGUUCCCCUCCGACGUCGUGUCCCUAUCUUUUGUCAAGUCUGGAUUCAAUGAAAUCGCUGGAGGGAGCUUUGUUCACACGCCUGCCCUGCAACUGCUUUUGUUCACAGCAAACUCACUCGACCUCAUCGAUGAAGAUGCAUUCCUGGGUUUACCACAUUUGGAAUAUCUAUUUAUUGAAAAUAACAAAAUUGCAUCAAUAUCUCCAUUUGCUUUCCGGGGCCUAAAAGCGCUGAUACAUCUGAGUCUGGCGUAUAACAAUCUUGAGACGCUGCCCAAGGAUGUCUUCAAGGGCAUGGAAGCUCUGACCAAAGUUGAUCUGCGGGGCAACAACCUGAUAUGCGACUGCAAGCUCAAGUGGCUGGUGGAGUGGAUACACCACACCAACGCCACCUUGGAUCAGAUCUACUGCAGCGGUCCGCCCAUUCACCAGGGGAAGAAGAUCAACGACCUGCUGCCACACUCCUUUGACUGCAUCACCACAGAGUUUGCCUCCUAUCAGUCGCUGAAGUUUGAGUCCAUCUCAGUGGAGGCCUUCACCUUUGGUAAAGAUCAGUAUGUUGUGUUUCCACAACCGUUCGCUGGGACAUGCAGCUUCCUGGAAUGGGAUCACGUUGAGAUGACCUUCAGACCCUAUGACACUAUUCAAAGCACGUCCACUGUGGUCUGCAAGCCCCAGGUGAUCGACAGCCACCUCUUCGUCAUCGUGGCCCAGCUGUUCGGGGGCUCGCACAUUUACAAACGCGACAACUCCGCCAACAAGUUCAUAAAGAUCCAGGACAUCGACAUCCUGAAGAUCCGCAAACCCAACGACAUCGAGACGUUCAUGAUCGACGGGGAGUCUUUCUUUGUCAUCGCCGACAGCUCAAAGGCCGGCUCCACCACUGUGUACAAGUGGAACGGCAAUGGCUUCUACUCCCACCAGUCGCUCCAUCCGUGGUACCGCGACACAGAUGUGGAAUAUUUGGAGAUCUCCAACAAAGCCCACCUGAUCCUGUCCAGCAGCUCCCAGAGGCCUGUGGUGUACCAGUGGAACAGGAGCCAGAAGCAGUUUGACCGCAGGACGGACAUACCGGACAUGGAGGACGUCUUCUCAGUCAAACACUUCCGGGUCAAAGGUGAUCUGUUCUUGUGCUUAACGAGAUUCAUCGGGGACUCCAAGGUGAUGCGCUGGGACGGUGCCAUGUUCAAGGAGGUGCAGACGUUUCCCUCCCGCGGCUCCAUGGUGUUCCAGCCUGUCUCCUUCGGCAAGUGGCAGUACGCCAUCUUGGGCAGCGAUUAUUCGCUGACGCAGGUCUACCAGUGGGAGGGCAAGAGGGGACAGUUCAUCCCGUCUCAGGAGCUGAACAUCCAGGCGCCUCGAGCGUUUUCCAUGGUCGCCAUCGACGACCGGGCUUUCCUGCUCGCGUCCAGCUUCAAGGGGAAAACUCAGAUAUACGAACACCUCAUGAUUGAUAUGAGUAAUUAAACCAGUCAACAAUUCAGGACCAAUCUUGUACACUACCGUUCAAAUGCUUCUUCUGGGAUUUUGUUUAACUCCGAUUUGAAACCACAAGCAAUUCCCACCUAGGUUCAGACAAAUGUAAAUUUUACAGAGAAGCUCAAACCAUCAAAAGAAAUAUGUCAAGUACGACUUUACUGAGAAUAAGUGAUUAAAAUGCACAUGUUGGUUAUAGUCUGUGAGAUCAUUUCAAAAGCUCUGACACCAUUUUAAUGAAUAUAUAUUCUUCACAGUAAACGUUUGGCAACCGGCUGCUACUAGUUCAUUUUGAUAAACUCCCUUUACUUUCAUCUCCAUUCCUUCCUUCCUUAGGAAUGCCUUAUCCUCCAUUUGAAGAACUCAGUUACUCAAAACUCACAAGCAAACUGUACCUUGAUGUACAGUCUAUGUUUUUUGCUAUUCAACUCUUAUGUAUUGUGUUUAUUUCUCUUGUAGGAAUUUGAUAGGAACGAUUUAGGAAUGAGUUAGUGCUGACGAUCGUGUAACAAUAACUAAACGGUGAAAAGUGUAUUGAGAAAAGGAGGCAAAGUGCAGUUGUAUCCAAGAAAUAAAACAAUUAUGUCAUGAGACAAUUCUUUAAUUUGAGUCAUUACACUAAACAGAACUUUACAGUGAAAUAGAUGUAUAAUAAAUUACAGAGCAAGGGGAAUAAAUCUCACAAGACAUCGUCACGUGCACGUUUUUGAGACUCACAUGCGACAUUAUCUCGUAGACAAUUUAUAAUCUAAUCUGAUCCAGUAGUAACCCAGUUAGUAACAUUAUGUAUAGUUUGUUAAAUACUUGUUUUCAAUCAAUCACAGGCAAAUAUUGGCCGACUUGCUGAGAUUCAUGUUCAUUCUUCUCGUACAAAUUCUGUGUUUUGAAUUAUUUUACCCUUAAAGAAGUGGCCCCUGAUACACGAAAUGAAGAAUCCACUACACAUUAUGAGAAACUUUGGGGAAAACAUGUGUCUCCGUUGUGUCUACUCUCAGAUACAGACCCUCACAGUGUUUAUUCCUGAUGAAUGACUCGCUGGAAGCAUCUCACUGUGCGGACCAGCCCUCUCGCUUUCGCUGCACUCUUGCCCCUUUUCUCCCUCGCUGACAAAACCAUUGUUAUCUUUACUCCGCAAAUAAAAGCCGACCACUGUGCAAGCACCUGCUACCUGUGCUUUCACACGCUCCUCUUAUUCUGACACAAAAAAAGGAAAGAUAAUAUCCAUAACAACGUAACACUUGCCAAAUAUGAUGUUUACCUUUUUGCUAUACCGUGUAAAGUUCUUUGUAUGAUGUUUGCUUUUGUAUGUAGAUGGGACCACACUCAGUCUUUUAUUUUUCAUAGACAUAGAAUUUAGUGUAGAUAUGUAUGUAUUUAUAAAAUACCAGGAUCCCCUCCCUAACACUGUGUAACAUGCAGCUUCUGUAAAACAGCGUAGUCCUACUUGUAUCAGUCGUAGUUAGGUAAGGUUAGAGGGUGAUGGAUAUUCACUUGUCAUCGUGCUCACUGUGUUUUAUGUACAGACGUAAUAAAAACUAAAGUGCUAAAGUAGGGGUGUGGGUAUUUCAUUGUUAGUAACUUGAUUUUGGCUUUUUUUUUUUUAAAGGUACAGAUCCAGUUUGGAUUCAGUUGUUCUUACUAAGCUUUAUAACCUGUCAGUGUGUUGUGUGUAACAUACAUAACAUGAUUAUAAGGAGUUGUGUGAUUUCUUGUUUAUAUAUAUAAACCAUGACCUAAAAUGAAAA